AUAACUGAUGAUGUUACAAUGAUCAUCAGUGUAUGCUGUGCUCACUAGGAUCUUAAAUGCUUUGAGUAGAGCAUAUUAACCUCUACUCAGAGCAGUUCUACUCUGUGACCAAUUUUUGGCUAUAGAUUUUUUUUCCCCCCAAUUGAGAAAGAUGUCCAUUCAAGGACUAUCCCUGUCUUUUUCUCUGUUGUUGAUCUGCUUCCUUAGGGAGAGCUUCUGCAUUUGUGAUAGAACUAUCUGGACAAAGGUUGGAUGGGAGAUUUUUCCAGAAGAAAUGCAUUGUCUGAAAGUUAAGCCUUCUCCAUCUCACUGUCUACCUUACCCUCUGGACAAACUAUGCUGCAAUUUUGCUAAUGUGGAUAUACUGGAGAGUUCUUUACACCUCGUUUAUAUUUUAGUACAAGCUCUGUUUUUAAUCCUGUCUGUUUUAUCUGUGCAUUACCUGUGGAUGAAAUGGAAAAAAACGCCAAAAACAGGUGAAUUACUAAAAAAACCAGCCUCCUCAGAUACAUUUGGUAAUGAUCCAGAAAAUCAGUCCCUAUAUGACAUUGAUCAAAUACUCUGCCGGCUGGUGGCCACAACAUCAAUGAUGUCCAAGUACCUGAAUCAGGUGUCCUGUCAUCCUCCAGCUAAGAAAGUCAAACACCGAAAACCAAAGAGGAAGAAGAAUGAGGGAGGAGAAGGAGCCAGAGGAAACUAGACCUAUCCAUAUGCAAACAGAUCUCAGUCCAAUAUGGAGGUUAGAGACAACUCAUUCAAGGAUAAAAAUGUUCUUUGAGAGCCUUUGUAAUUUUUUGUUACUUACUUUACCAAGACUUUCCAAACAAGUAUGGGUUGAAAAAGUACUUCUAUUCAGCUGAAAAGGCACCCACACUUACUAUAGUGCUGAGAAAAAGAUUAUGUACUAUCACUUCUUCGUGUUUAAGUAUUUUUUUCUUUUUAGUGUGUUGGAUUGCUAAUCAUUAACCAAUAUGUAGAACAGAAUCUUGCUUUAGUGUUCAAUAAAUCUCUGAUUUAAAUAAUA